AGACCCCCGGCCCCUCGCUCCCCGGGGGCUGAGCCGCCAGGGCCCCCUUCCCUUUGCACCCCUUCCCACCCCGCCCGCGGCUGAGGCUCCAGAUGGCGGCUCCAAGACACCGCCCCGCAGCAGCCGGCGGUCGCUCCCUCCCUCCCAGCUGCUCGGCAGAGGAGCCCCGGACCACUUGGCGAGGCGGGGGAGCUCCAGGGCAGGCUGCGGUGGGGGGCGAGUGCGCGGCGGGCAGGAGCUGGGCUGGCCGGGAAGCGGUCCCGCAGCCCUGAGGUCAUAAAAGGCCCCACCUCGGGAAUCAUCCAUCAAGCUCCCUCCAGCUUCCUCUUCCAGGACAACCCUGCUAUUGCCUACUCAUGAAUUUUGACGAUUACUGCAAGAAGCCUUGCCACAGUGGACCAAGGCAAAGCCUACAAGACGGAAGCACCACCAGCUCUUGACAUGGAAACACACUGAUACAAUAGGCAAAAAAGACACCUCCUCGCAUCCUCCCGGUUCCAGGUGGCCUGAUUUGGGCGAUUCGAUCCUGACCUUUUCCCCUGUGAUGGAGGAUUCGGGUGUCCAGCGAGGCCUCUGGGAUGGAGAUGCCAAAGCUGUCCAACAGUGUCUGACAGAUAUUUUUACCAGUGUGUACACCACCUGCGACAUCCCUGAGAAUGCCAUAUUUGGUCCCUGUGUCCUGAGCCACACAUCCCUGUAUGACAGCAUAGCGUUCAUAGCUCUCAAAUCGACAGACAAGAGGACAGUCCCUUACAUCUUCCGGGUCGACACCUCGGCGGCAAAUGGUUCCUCGGAAGGUCUCAUGUGGCUGCGACUGGUCCAGUCAGCCAGGGAUAAGGAAGAGCAGAACCUGGAAGCCUACAUCAAAAACGGACAGCUCUUCUACCGCUCUCUCCGCAGGAUCGCCAAAGACGAGGAGUUACUCGUUUGGUACGGCAAAGAACUGACUGAGUUGCUCCUGCUCUGCCCCUCCCGAUCUCACAGCAAAAUGAACGGGUCGUCCCCCUACACAUGCCUGGAAUGCAGCCAACGUUUCCAGUUCGAGUACCCCUACGUGGCGCAUCUGCGCUUCCGCUGCCCCAAGAGACUGCAUAGCGCUGAAAUGAGUCCCCAGGACGAGCAAGGUGGCGGUUUGGGCACCAAGGACAACGGGGGCAUAGGCGGGACCAAAGACCACCACCACCAGCAGCAACAGGAGGCACCCUUGGGUCCGGGUCCUAAAUUCUGCAAAACGGGCCCCAUCCACCACUAUCCGGCACCCUCGCCCGACAGCGGCAACCCACCUGCCGCGUCCGGAGGCAGCAGCGCCAAGCCAUCCACUGACUUUCACAAUCUGGCCCGGGAGCUGGAAAACUCCCGGGGAGGCAGCAGCUGCUCCCCAGCCCAGAGCCUCGGCCUCGGCGGAGGCGGCCACCAGGAGGCGGAGCUGAGUCCCGACGGCACCGCUACGGGCGCCUGCAAAGGGAAGAGGAAAUUCCCGGAGGACUCGAGCGAGGGCGGCGGCUGCGCUGGGCUGGUCGGGGGCCCGACCCGCUUCGCCGAGCGGCCCCUGCCGGCCUCCAAGGAGGACCUGGUGUGCACGCCGCAGCAGUACCGCGCCUCGGGCAGCUACUUCAGCUUGGAAGAGAACGGGCGCCUCUUCGCGCCGCCGAGCCCCGAGACCGGCGAGGCUAAGCGCAGCGCGUUCGUGGAGGUGAAGAAGGCGGGCCGCGUCGCCAAUCUGCAGGAGGAGGUGGCCGCCGACGGUGCGGGAGCCGGAGCCGAAGAUCAGGACGCUGGCGGGAGCAGCGGCGGCUCCUCAACGCCCGCGGCCGCGUCGCCCUCGGGCGCAGAGAAACUGCUGACCCCGCGGCCCGGGGGUCCGCUGCCGGGUCGGCUGGAGGGCGGCAGCCCCGCGCGGGGCAGCGCCUUCACCUCGGUGCCGCAGCUGGGCGGCGCGGGCGGUGGUGGCGGUGGCGGCGCAGGGGCUGGCACGGGCGCUGCGGCCUCUGGCGGCGGGGGUGGUGGCCAGAGCGCCGCGGGCGACGAGCGCAAAAGCGCUUUCUCGCAGCCGGCGCGCUCCUUCUCCCAGCUGUCCCCGCUGGUGCUGGGCCAGAAGCUGGGCGCGCUCGAGCCUUGCCACCCUAGCGACGGCGUGGGCCCCACCAGACUCUACCCCGCUGCUGCAGACCCUCUGGCCGUGAAACUCCAAGGGACGGCGGACCUGAACGGAGGCUGCGGGGCUCUGCCCAGCGGCGGCGGCGGCGGGCUGCCCAAGCAGAACCCCUUCCUCUACGCCACCGCCUUCUGGCCCAAGAGCUCUGCGGCGGCAGCGGCCGCUGCGGCAGCGGCCGCGGGGCCCCUACAGCUACAGCUGCCGUCGGCGCUCACGUUGCUGCCGCCGUCCUUCACCUCGCUGUGUCUGCCAGCGCAGAACUGGUGUGCCAAGUGCAACGCCUCCUUCCGCAUGACCUCCGACCUGGUGUACCACAUGAGGUCGCACCACAAAAAGGAGUACGCGAUGGAGCCCUUGGUGAAGCGGCGGCGGGAGGAGAAACUCAAGUGCCCCAUCUGUAACGAGUCCUUCAGGGAGCGCCACCACCUCUCCAGGCACAUGACCUCGCAUAACUGACACCCGAAGGACCCCGGCGUCCCACGAGCGCGCGCGUACAGUCGAGCCACCUGCAGGAACGA